AAAAAGAGAAUACAAAAGCAACAAGGUGUAGGAAAAUUAAUGCUGAAUAUGAAAUCGUUGUGUUGAUUACAGUAAAUUGCUUUAAUUACUUCUUGUGGAAUGGAAAAUAUAGUGAAAAGACAUAUAAGAAAAUAUUGCUCUAAGCUUGUACAAGCAAGCGCUAGGUUAACUUUCCAUUAAAAAGUAAAAUAAACCUGACAAAAUCGAUUCAAAUUUUUAAAUUAAAGUGCUUGAUAAGCAGUGAAGGGUGCAUGCAAGUCUACCCACGUAACACAUGUAAUACACCAGCAACAAGUAUAUCAUCAGUCAUUAUUUGUGGUUUGUUUCAAUAAUAUCAGCUGAAUGGAAUUAUAGUGCACAAUGUGAGCAAAAUAUUUCGUUGUUAAAAAUCUUUUUUUAACUAUGAGUGUACACAUGCAGCAAAACAUACAUUCAUAUAUAAAUGUAUGUGUAUCGAAAAUUUGUGACGAUAUAUGUGGUGUAUAUAUACAUUUAUAAAUAAAAAUAUAUUUACAAUAAUAAACUUUUUCAUCGCUUAACAAGACAUGUACAAGAUGUACUGUAAUUAAAAGUAUGUAAAUCGAACAUUUAUGUGAAUUAACUAAAAAAGGCACGUUCACCCUGAUAUUUAAGCCUAAGCAUUGUACAAUAAAAAUUUAAUCAACCUUCAAUAAUUUGAAUGCGCCGAAAAAACACUAAACAUAAAAGCAUCAAAAAGUCCUUGAAGAAAAAUUUGGACACAUUUCGUGCGGAAAGCGGACUUCACAUAUUGCAACUUGUUAAAUAUGGUGCUGAGACGUUUAGAAAGGGGUAUUCCCAAGACUACUCACGUGGCCUAUAGCACACACAAAAAACCGUUACUAGUACUGCUUCUAAGUUUGGCUCUUGUUGGUCGCUCUUGUGCGCAAGUUGAUACGACCAUUAGUCAACUAGAAAGUCAAUCAGUUGUGCUUCCGUGUCCCGUUAAUAUAGAUAAAUGUGGACAACUUCACUCACUGAAUUGGUUUAAAGGUGACAAUCGGAUUGCUGCAAUGCUUCUUGGGGACAGUAACGUUACGAAUGUUAAUAAACAAUUUGAUAAAAGAGUAACUGUUGAACAAAACCCAUACAGGCUAGUUAUUAAGGACUUGAAAAUAGAUGAUGAAGAUAUUUAUCUAUGUGAUACGACAUUUUUUAUACCAGAAGAAACUUGUGAUAACUUCAAUGGAUAUCGAAUAGAACUAAGAGUCUUAGAGAACAUUGUGCCACCCACUGAGGUUGUUAUUUUGGAUGCAAAAGGCGAUCGAAUUGAGAACGGCAGCGUAGUAGGGCCCAUGCAGGAACGGCAGUCACUCAAGGCAACAUGUACUGUUAAAAAUACCCGUCCUCAACCAGAAGUUGCCUGGUUCCGUGGAACUAAGCGACUUACAACUUAUUCUCCCACACAUGACAUAAGUGAUGGUCUUUAUACAUCAACACUAGAGUUGGAUUGGCCAAUGUCCCGAGAAGAUCUGGCUCAAGAUAUCGAAUGCCGUGUAAAAUCUGCCGCCAUUCCCAAUACAACCGUUACAAAAUUUAGCGUGGAUUUACAAGUUCGUCCGAUAAGUAUUGAUAUUAGUGGAUUGCAGCAUCAUACAGUGCAAGGCAGCAAAGUUGUUUUAACAUGUGACAUUCACGGGGCUCGACCAGCUGUUAAUCUUACAUGGUACAAUUCCAGUACCGUAAUUAGUGCUGAUGAAAAUGACCUAACUGAAAUUCGGAUUAAAUCGUUCGAAAAGAAUGAUGGCACAUAUCACACUCAAUCAGAACUAAUUUUUAACGCCACUCGCUUUGAGAAUGAUCGAGUUUUUCGUUGUGAAGCUGAAAAUGUGGUUUUACAAAUCAAUCGUGAGAAACCAAUUUCAUCAGCAUUAACACUCGAAGUUUUAUAUCCCCCCGUUGUUAAAGUCAGUCCAACUAGUAUUAAUGUUAAUACAAGUGAAGUAGUUCUUCUUAAUUGUGAAUAUGUAGCAAAUCCUGCUUCUUUAACACAUGUUGAAUGGUACCGCAAUGAUGAUUUGGUGAAUGUAAAUGUAACGAAUCAUUAUAAAGGCGGGAAUUCUGAGAACGUGGCUCUCGUUAUAAAGUCUGCAGGAAAAGAAGACAUUGGAAAUUAUUCCUGUGAAUUAUCAAAUACUAUUGGCAAAGGAACAUCUAAUCGAAAAAUCAAUCUGGACGUGCAGUAUGUUCCAAGUGUAGAGAUUCUUAUGAUACCAGAGGGGCCUGUAAAGGAAAGCGAGGAAUCAAAUGUCACGCUUUUUUGCAAUGUAUUAGAUGCCAAUCCGCUAAUUCUUACCAAAGUGAGGUGGUAUGCAAACUCUACCCUUCUUAAGGAGCUUCCAGACUGUGAAGAAACAAGAGAGGAUCUAUGCCAUAUAGAUCCAAGUAAGCUCUUAUUAGAGAGUAUUGGACGCGGCUUCUUCUACAACUAUUCAUGCGAGGGAUUUAACUCCGCUGGCUGGGGUCCACGUAGUGAAGACAAAGAACUGAUGGUACAUUACGAACCGGGACCUGCUAUACUAUCUCAUUUUCCUUUAGUCGCCGUAAAAAAAAAGAGUGUCACAUUCUCGUGCUCUGUAGAUGAUCCAGGAUAUCCUGAUUCAAAUAGGUUUGUAGAACGUCAGGCCAACCAGAUUUACAAAAUUAGAAAAACUCAACACGCACCACUUAUUGAUUUUCAUACCGUCCAAGCAUUGCAACCGCAGGAAGCCGACAUAGCUUUCGAAGCGCUGCUGCUGCAUAAGGACCAAAAGCAACUUCAGUCCAUUGUUCCGUCACAAAUAUCAUUCCGAACACGAGAAGCUACCCACCAAGCCCAUGAAAUUAAAGAAACUCAUGCUAUUAUCGACUUACAUUUAAACCAUUCACUUUGUACAUUACUCACGCUCACCACCUAUAUGCCACAAUCGCAAAUCAUAAUACUUUACACGGGGGUGCAACAAAUACCCGAUUCGAAUGCCUCCACAUCGUCCUAUACUGUUUAUGGAAAAAGAGGGAAAUUUUCGUUUGUUGCUCAAAUAGUUUCGAAACCCAACAGAUUCCGUUGGCUGCGUGGAGGUCGAGGUCCUCUGCAGGACAUUGUAACAAAGGACUGGACGGUGGAACCAGUUGGUCUCGAUAGCCGGACUAAUUAUUCUUGCUACGCAUAUAACGAGGGGGGUAAAGGUGUAAUGGCUACUGUUAACUUGGAGGUACACGCACCACCGUUUUUCAUCAAGAACUUGCCACCUUAUACGGGAAUGCUGCAUUCUUCGUCCAAUGCAACCUUGACUUGUCGCAUUGAAUGCGUCCCGCGCUGUGAAAUAUCUUGGCAAAAAGAUGGUGAUCCAAUAGAGCGAAACGAUACCCGAUACAUUAUAAAGGAAAAGUACAUGGAAGCAUCACCAGCCACUGGUGACUUCGAAAGCAUGCUAUCAGUGUUGCACUUCAAUAUGCCGAAUUGGCCUAAUGCGAAAUUUGACAUUGAGGCGGAUAAUGCGAACUACACAUGCGUCUCAAGCAGCAAUACUGUGGGUGGUAGCAUAAGAAGUCGGACCUAUUUUGGCAUUGAAUUUGCACCUGACAAUACGACGGUUUCGAAGAAUAAUAUUUACGUGCAAGAAGAUACUUUAUUAGGCCGUGUAACAUGCAAUUCCCGAGCAAAUCCGGAACCUUCAUACAAGUGGUUUUUCAAAAACGAAACUAUAUCCAAUGAAUAUGCAUUAAGUUUAAAUAAAGUCAUGAAAAAAACUGAUAAUGGUACAUAUACCUGCCUUGCUUAUAAUAAGCAUGGAAGUAGCACUGCUGAAACCAUAAUCAUAGUCCAAUUUAAGCCACGGUGCGAAAUCGAAAGGCGCGAAAUUGAUGAUCAGGACACGCUAAUUUGUACUGCUUACGGAAACCCUGUAGAGGUUGAUUUUGCAUGGUCAAUUAAAGCUGAAAAUGAAUCUGUUGAAACUUUGGGAAGUGGUGAUAAAAAAACUUUUUCGGAAAAGAGUUUUUAUGUAUUGGAAACGGACUAUGCAAUUUCUAGGACUUACAGAUGUGUGGCCAAUAAUACGAUUGGGUUUGGGCAGUUUUGCGAAAUUGAAGUUGCUGUGCAACCAAAAAAGCAACUGGCAUGGUGGCAGCUCUGGGAGACGAAAACUAUCAUCAUACUACUGGCUGCUAUCUUUGGAUUACUCUUGACCGUGAUUAUCAUAUGUUGUAUAAUUAUAUUAAUUUGCCGUCGACGUCGGCGUCAGGAUAAAUAUCUCACCGAUGUUUCAAUUAGUGCUACCCAAAGCGUACUAUCGAAUCAGUCAGAAAUAAAAACAGCAGUUGGGAGUGUAUCAAAACCGGAUAAGUAUGCAGUCCUCCUUACAAAGAAACCUUCCACCCGCUUUAAUGGUAACGAAUCAAAAUUGCCACCACGCUGGCCAAUUCGUCCUGGGGUAAUGGUUCACGUAAGCAGUAACACAAAAGAAAAUCUUACUGUAAAUAGAAUGACAUUAAAGCCGAAUAUUCGCUUUAAAGAAACUAAUAAGAUUUCGGCCGAAUUCAGCGAAGUCUUAAGAGAAAGUCAGUCCAAUGAUAGUACCAUCCUAACCAAUGUGUCAGUGGACUCAGAUAAAAACGAACAAUUAUCUGUUAUAACACCUCGAUUGGAUAUUAAAACGAAAGUAAAAAAAAAAGAAUUGCCUUUAGAUAAUUUAUCCGCCAAAACGGCAGGUGCUGGUCACAAAAAAUUGAAUUAUAUUUUAGGUAUGAUUUUUAAAAAGACAUCGGAUGAUUGCUCUCGCAAAAGUCAGCGGAGUCAUAUUGGUCUAUUACAGACAUAUUGGCGUCGGUUGGAUCAUACUAAUAGCACAUCUCAAUUCGGAACUCAGCAUCGUCUUAAAGGAAUACGUUGCAGCCGCAGUGUAACCUACAAAAAAGCCAACGAGACUACUCAUGGGAAGUCAAGCACAGCAGCAGAUGCAGAAUCACCAUUGACAAAAAAAUUGCAAAAAGUACAAGGCAUUGCCUGCAGUGUCGACCCAUCUGACACGGCCGAAAUCUCUUUUGAAGCUCAUCAAAAUCGAUGCCCUAUUCUUCACCUAAGCCCUACAUCCCCUGCAUUACCAUUAAGGAGUUGCCAAAAUUUAAUAUUGAGCUGUUCUGCUAAUUCAACGUUGUUUCCAUCCAGUAAAUUUGAACAUGCGCAAAUGCACGACAAGUCGUCUUCACUGGGGGAACCAUUGACGGAACCUGGCGAAUAUGAGAAUCUACCGUUUCAUGGUCUGCAAACAGCACCUAACAAGUAUUCUACCAUCCGUAUUAAUUUUAAUAAUAACAAAAAUGCGGAGCCUAUGGUUCAACAACCCAAGAAACUCAAUGAGAAUAUCAACCAGACAUGGAUCAACCAUAAGCAUGAUCGUCAGACCAUUCCAGAUCAACAUACAUACCAGCAAGGAAAUAUUAACGAACAGGAACUACAAUAUGUUCAUAGAUCACAGUACAACACCACGCACCGCCAACUAAUUACCGAUCUACAUAAUCAAAGGUUGACUGAACUAGUUACCGAUCGUCCAGUUCAACAAAGCACGAGCAGUUGCUUUCCCAAUAGUUACACUGAAUAUUACCGACAACACCAGGAACAAAAAAUACAAAUACAAAUGCGAGGAGAAGAACAUCAGUUGAUGGAUGUGAAUUCAUUGUCCAACUCACAGCUAUUAAAUGCUUUAGAGAAUGAUUGCAUAUCAACUAAUACCGCGAUAGAUCGACCAGAACGUUCAGCACUGCUUAACACUAACCCCUUUCUGGCUGCCACAAACUUUAAUAAACUUUGUGAUGAAGUACCUGAAAGUAUUAUAUCCGCAAAUCACAGCAACAGCGCAUUACACUUAGAGGACAAAUUUAAUUCGCUUAGGUUUCCAAAUGGAAACAAGUUUAAAAAUCGGACCCACAUUGAAAAUUCCUUGUUAGGAUCUACCACAUCACAAUCCCCUUCCGCUAUUGAUAUGUCCUAUUUAUCCACAUGUAAAAGGCAUAAUUCUUUUGCUUACAUUGAUCCAAAUCAGCAGUCCACUCACUUUCAUGAUUCACCAAAUUACGAGAAUAUGGUAGAUGAAAAUACAGACGAUCAAAGUAAGCAAACAAAAAAAAACGAAAGCAAUCAAAACCUCACUACCAUUCUGCUGCACACUCACCCUGCAACAGAUAAAUUUAAAAAACAUUACCGUAGUCAACACAUCAAACAGCAAAAAAAUGAUGAAGGAAUUGGUCCGGAUUUCCAGUUGAUAGAGCCUGAGCGCAUCACAAUUUAUCGAAGCGACUCCGGAAUAUCCAACAGCUCUUACGAGUCUCAAUUUCCUCCUUUAUCGCAAAAGCGAUCACAAAAAAAAAAAAGAGAUAUUGUUAACUCAUUCUCUGGGCCAUCAGUUCGAAAACAUAUCUACAAAAAAAAUAUAGGAGCUCAGAAUAGUGCAAUGAUCCACGAUGAUUCCACGAAUGGUGAUAAGAGCGGAGAACCUAUAGGUAAUGUUUCUAUAUCGCUCUCGUAUAAGCCAUCAAUUCAGUACAUCGACAAGACUAAUCAAGAAGACUUAAGGCAACAACAGCUUGGCCACCAUGGUGCGAUUUCGACCUCAAUGCAUUCAAUUUGCAAAAGCUUGAAGGUCACUAAGGUUAAAACAUCGAUUGAGAAAACCCAAUCGCUGGCUGUUAAUACAUUUCUAGCAACAAAUGGAAAAAGUAACGCUUUAUCCGGUAAUAAAAAGAAAAAGAAACUGCGCCGUCAAACCAUUAGCUCUCCAUACGAACAAAUCCAAAGACAUCCAUAUGCCAGAAGAGUCAAAAAUUGUGACGUCUCCAGAGAAAUCCUAGGCUAUAGUUCAGAAGUACACAGUUCUGCCCAAAAAUUUGACUCGCGUGAUCUACAAAUAGCUUCGGCAAAUGAUUUAUUAAUUCGACCUAUACGUCUGCCAUUGCGUAAACAUCACUCAUUCAAUUAUCAAAGCACUCAGACAGCAAACGGCAAGUUACAACAGCUGCGUAUGCAACUGCACCUUCAACUGCAAGAAAGGAAAGAGUUUAAGGAGGAAGGGACUCCUUUGGUUUUGCAGCUAAGUGAACGACAUGCAUUUAAGCCCAUUUCACCUACACCUAUAAUGACAAAAUCAGAAGAGCAGCAGACCAGGGAUCAUAGUCAAACUGGCCUUUUUUCGCAAUAUAGUUGCAGACACAAUUUAAAGGCGGCAGAAGAUGAUGAAGAUCCUGGGUACAGUUUCUUUGAGGAAGAUAACAUAGUAGACAAUGGUAACUAUCCCACCUCGGACAAUCUUCAUACUGCCCCGGCCAACAGCUCCAGUACAUGGAAUGCUAUUGAAAACAGAACUGCGGGGGAUUCUUAAGUACUAAAUGUCGCACAACAGCUGCGAAGUACCCAAUUAAAUAUACAGUAUUAUAGAAAAAGAAUCCAAGAGUCAAGCAUUUAUAAAAUAAAUUGCUUAAGAAAAGUAUCGUUUAAAUACUGAAGCUAGUUUAAUAUUGUCAAAAUAACAACACUAAUAAAAUAAAGAAUAUUCAUGCAUAAAAUUUUUUAUUUUACACAGUUUUGGUCAAGUGCCGUGACCUUGAAAUACCCAUUACUCUAUUUACCAAUUUAAAAAUAAUGAUGCCAGGCCGUAUAACCUUAUUUAAUAAUUGUAAAAAAAAAUAUUUUACCAAUUUUGGUAUAAGGAAUAGUUAAAAAUGAUACAAUAGAAGAAAAGCUUUCCGACUCAAACGAGUCGGUUUAGUCCUGUCCAUCAGACAUUUUGUCCGUCUGUCUGUAUAGAUGAUCUAAGAUCUACUGAGUCUUGGAAUUAUUAGAAAUAUAAUGUUGAGAUUACCCUUACACAAUCUAGAGAUCACAAGGAUAUCAUUUUUACGAGAUUCUAACAAGAGAAAUUAUUGUCGGCAUCAAUUUAAACUUUGAACUUUGAAAAUGGUUUUAAACGUAACAUAUAUCUUAUAGCUGCGGCUCUCGGCUAUAGCGUUCUUUCUUGUUUUAUUUUGCUUAAAGAAGUAUGGGGUUUCAGGUAAUACAGUCAAAAAUAGUUAAACAUUUUUUCUAAACAUUUUACUGAAGAUUUAUUGUUGAUAAACAUGUUUGGAACAUUUUAUAUUAAUAAAACUGUAAUAUUGAUGACCCUAUGUUGUUGGUGAGAGAAAGGUGCUAGCACUUUUAAUUUUUAAAAAAAUUUUUUAUUUAAUGAUACUAAUGUUAUAUGAAGGUAAUUGUGUAAAAUUUUUAAGACUUAUUUCUACCAUGACUAUCUGAGCAUCCAUUUCACCAUCGAAAGUUACUAGUUUUUAAAAUUAAAGCUUCAAUUUACACAUUUGUGUUAUACUUCUUCUUUUAUACCUUAAACAAAUAUUGUACUGCACGUUAUUUAACUAUAAAUAAUACCUUUACUUUAAAAAAACCUUUACUUCCAAGCAUUUUUUUCACAAAAAGAAAUUUUUGUUUGUCAAUUUUUUAGUUCGGUUUCUAAAUAUCAAAGAAGAGUCCAGUGUUCGUACUUAAUUUAUCAUUAAUGCCAAUGUGUGGUGGGGCAUGUUUAAUAAAAUUUAAUUUUUAAUUAGAAAAUUAAAAAAAAUGCAAGUAAUGAAUUUAUAUUUGUAUAAGAUUAUGCAGUUCGCAUCAUAUAUAUGUAAUUACUCAGUCUAUAAGCAUAAUUUAAAAGUUAUACAAAAAUAGUCUCUGCGAUUGUUAUCCAAAAAAUAUGUAAGCGUAUAUGAUUACAAAUAAGACAGUAGGUAUAAAAGUCAAACACUGUUAAUUAGUUAUUAGUGCUUAUUAGUGCAACUAUUGAAUAUUUUAAACAUAACAUGUAAUAUGGAAUGCUACCCAAUAUAUAUUAUUUUGAUAUUAAAAGUAAAAAGGAGCAUAACCAUUUAAAAAUUAUUUUGGCGGCACACUUCUUAAGACUUAUAUUAAUAAAGGUAAUAAUCACAUAAGACACUAAAUUUACUGAAAUUCCCAUCAAAGUAUUUAGAUAAUCUAAAUUAAAUGAAUUGUAAUUUUUUAGCUUCUUUCUGACUUUGAGGAUCCUUACAAAUGCAGCAAUACCUAUAUAUUCUAAGUUUUAAUUUGAUUAAGUGUCCCAUAACAAAGAGAUAAUGUUUAUUGUCCUACUAGAAAGAAGGUAAAUUUGCUUUUUUUAGACUUAUUGUUUUAAAUACUUAAUAUUUACCAUGAUUUAUCGCUAAAAAUAUAUUAAAAACUUUUAUAAAAGCAAAAAAUUCUCGCUAUUUUCCAUAUACUUGCCAUGUUUAAAUAAAAUAUUCAUUUGCAUGAAAAAGCUAUACAUUGUAAAAGUAAAAGCAUUAAAAAUAACUUCUUAAAACCAUCUAAUAUAUCGAAUUUCGCUUCUCCAUACAAUAGCCAUUAAAUCCCGAAAGAUUCGAUGAUGAAUUCAUUUAUGCUGAUCUCGAAAGUCAACAUUACGGACCGAUCAAUUACAAGGCAGCUUCAUUAUAUUCCCGAGUAAAAAAAAAUCAAAAGUCGGGUGCUCUUAAUGAACUAAAAUAAAACUGUAUACCACUUAA